CAGAGGUUUCACAGCAAAGAGUAUGAGCAUCUCAACAGAAAGGGUCUGGGAGUGUCAUUUCUAAUCUGAGAGGAGUGCUGACGCUUUGGAUACUGUCCACCCAUCUGACCUGCACAAUGUCAGACUUUGAGGAUUUCACCUGGCCGGGAGGGCAGGCCAAUGUAUCUGAAAGCUACCAACUGAACCCCACCAGUGUGAUUGUGUCAGUGGUCUUCUCUCUCAUAUUCCUGCUCGGCACCAUUGGCAACAGUUUGGUGCUCGCUGUACUGCUGCGAAGCGGACAGGUCGCGUACAACACGACCAAUCUGUUCAUACUCAACUUGAGCGUGGCUGACUUCUUCUUCAUCAUCUUUUGCGUUCCUUUCCAAGCUACCAUCUAUUCUCUGGAGGGAUGGGUAUUCGGUUCCUUCAUGUGCAAAGUCGUCCACUUCUUUAUCAACCUUACCAUGUACGCCAGCAGCUUCACAUUGGCCACCGUGUCUGUUGACAGGUAUCUGGCUAUUCGCUAUCCUCUGCGCUCCAGGGAGCUAAGAACCCCUUGUAAUGCUGUUGUUGCCAUGGUAGUUAUCUGGGGUCUUUCCCUGGUCUUUGCGGGUCCAUAUCUCAGCUACUAUGACCUGAUUGAUUAUGCCAACAGCACAGUGUGUAUCCCCGGCUGGGAGGAGCAGAAUCGUAAGGUGCUGGACACGUGCACCUUCCUGUUUGGCUAUGUCAUCCCUGUGCUCAUCGUGAGCCUCUCGUACACUCGAACUAUCAAGUACCUGUGGACGGCUGUUGACCCUCUGGACGGCAUGUCAGAAUCCAAGAGGGCUAAACGCAAAGUCACCAAAAUGAUCAUCAUCGUCACUGUACUUUUCUGUAUAUGCUGGCUGCCAUACCACGUGGUGAUCUUGUGUUACCUGUAUGGAGAUUUCCCAUUUAAUCAGACCACAUAUGCCUUCAGGCUUCUCUCUCACUGCAUGGCCUACGCCAACUCUUGUGUCAAUCCCAUCGUGUACGCUCUGGUCUCCAAACACUUUCGCAAAGGUUUCAAGAAGGUGUUCAGCUGCAUCCUCAGUAAACAUGGGAGAAAUAAGGUUCACGUGGUUCAUGUAGCCAACACUGUGCCUGGGUUUGAAGCCGGCUCUACGGAGGUGUCACAGAUGAACGAGGAGAAUGUGCGACAGAAUGAAUGUGAAAUGAUCAACAGGCCAGUCGCAGAGCCAAGAGAAGCCACCGUGUCCCUGAAUUUGCCCUUUCAGCAGCAGCAGACUUGACAACUGGUUCAGAUUGGCUAAAUUGGCUCAGCACAGAUUGCCUUUUGUGAAAGACGUUGAAGCUAAUGUUUAAACAUUUACUAUUCAUAUAUUCAUAUUUUUGAUGGCAAAAAAGAUGAACAGGGAUUUGUUCAUAUUUGGAGAGACAAAAUAUUAAGGAGCAUAAAGCUAGUCCACUACAGAAAUGUAUUUGUUUUAUCACUUACCUAAACAUAUAUUUUAUAUCCCAAAACAACUUCCUGUUACUUAGAAAGUUAGAAAUGUUUAUUGUUAAGCUAAAUGAGAAAUGUUCUCACUUUCCCCUGUCUUCACUAUUUGCCUUAAUCAUGGUUUGCACUUUACCUCAUAUUGUCAUUUGUCACAAUGUUUGAGACUUCAUAUUGUUCUAACACUUUCUAGGACCAACACAGAACCUGUCCUAUAAUGUUGUGGUAUGCUUCACCUGAUCCCAAAACAAAAAAAUAAUAAUAUGUUGGCAACUGGGGAGGGAAUUUCCUGUGAGUCAGCAGCACUAUAUGCUACUUUUCUGACUUCAAACAAGCUUUUUCAUGGAGGAUUGGGGUCCCUCUAGAGCUCAGGCAUCAAAGUCAGAAAUAUGGCAAUGCACAGCAAAGCAGUGCUCCUCCUCCAUAUAAAGACCAUCUUAUGGGAUUCAUUAGCAUUUCCAACACCAUGUUCAACUGUAGAUUUCGUGUUCAGGUGCUUCGAGCCCUCAUAUGGCAUUUACCCAGCAUUAGCUCAAUUUUAGCUGCACUAUAUACAACAUUUUGACCUACUUCAACCUCCAAGUCAUUAGGGCUCCAUAAGUGGAGAAGAAUGUUAUUUGGAUUCAUUGUUUUGUAUUUUGCAUGAAGAUGCUUUUCUGUCUUUUCAAGAUAUUGACAGGUGGUACAUGUUAAGUAAAAAUAACAUGUUUGGUAUCAGCAAAAUUUGAUACCAAGCAGUUGUUGGUAGAAAUCUUUAAAAAAAAAAAAACUGGGCAUAGUUUAUUGCUAUAAUUGUAUUUUGUGAUUAACAAAUUCAUGGCAUGUUUGGUGUGAAAUGCUAUAUUUAAAUAAAUAUGUUUCUCAAAAGGCAUACUUAUAUAUUGAGAUUUAUGUAUUUUAAAAUGUAUGUAUUAAGUGUAUUUUAUUUGUGUAUUUAAAAAACUGUGAACUGGUUAUCAUACAUUUGCUUUAUUUUUCCAAAUGAAAGCACACCUACAGGGUGUCCCUAUUUUGUGUUGCUGUAUGGUUGUCUCCUACCUCAGAGCUGUACAAAGCUUCUUUGUUGUCUUCUGUUCAGGUUGUGCGAGAUGCAGUUUUCACCUUGAAAGAUUGGACUUCUUUUAAGACGCAACACAUUUCUUUGCAAAAUUAUACUAAAGUGUGUUUGCUGUAAUACUUUCCCAUCCCAUCCUAUGGUAUACAGCUUACUUAAGUAUAUCUCUGUUGUACAUUUUAAGAAAAUAUAUUUAAAUAAAUAUCUAUCAAAGUGAUUUAAAACACAAUGUACAUCACACC